AUGUUGGCUCUCCUGUUUGUCGGUCUCGCUGUUCUAGCCCAGGCUAAAGACGUACUGUUUGAAAUUACACUCACCUGGAACACGUCGAGUCCUGAUGGAUAUGCGCGAGAGGCCAUCUUAGUCAAUGACUUGAUCCCGGGUCCGCCGCUUUACGUCGAUCAAGGUGAUCAAAUCUACUUCGUUGUCUGGAACCUGAUGCCGUUCAACACUACUAUCCACUUUCACGGAAUUGAACAAGUCAACACACCUUGGUCAGACGGUGUCCCCGGGCUCGCACAGCGUCCAAUUCAACCUGGUGCGGGAUUUCUGUAUGAAUGGAAUGCGAAUGAAUAUGGAAGUUAUUUCUACCAUUGCCAUGCACAGGGACAGGUCGAUGAUGGCUGCUAUGGGGCAAUCCACGUCCGAGCUUUAGAGGAGGUCGCCCGUCCCUUUAGCCUUAUCACGAACGAUUCGCAGGAAAUGGCUUCCAUCACUAAAGCGGAGAAAAGAAGUAGUCCCAUUAUUUUGUCUGACUGGACGCACUUGACGUCGACACAGCGCUGGAAAGCUGAAGUGGCCGCUGGCCGUGAUUCCCCCUGCACCAAUUCGAUUCUCAUCAACGGAAAGGGCUCCGCCGUCUGCUUGAGCCAGGCCGAGAUCAAUUCCAGCAUGACUCCAAGAAUGUGGACCGUGACUGGCGGGGUCCCGUAUACAGAUAUGGCAUGUCUACCUCCGCAGCUGGCUGUUGGCCAAGGCAACUUUCCGCACAAUCUCAGUGCUGCGCCGCAAGGAUUGUGGUUUGGCUGCCAGGCCUCCACAGGAUUCGCUGAAGUCCUGAAUGUUGAUGCUAAAACACAGUAUGUGAGCUACGACGUGAUCUCCGCGGCUAGUACAUCCACUUUUAUCUUCUCCAUCGACGAACACCCAGUGUGGGUGUAUGCGGUUGAUGGCCGAUACGUUACGCCGACUUUAGCUGAUGCAUUCACGAUAAGCAACGGUCAGCGAUUUUCGAUCCUGGUCAAGCUGGAUAAACCAGCCGCAUUGUAUAAUAUCCGCACGGUUGUCAGUGGACUCAACCAAAUUAUGGAGGCUACCUCUUAUUUAUCAUAUGCUGGAAGAUUAAAGCCAAAUUCCUCCUCACAGCCGUACAUCACGUUGAAUGGAACUGCCUUGACCUCGGAGACCGUGUUCUGGGAAGAGACUGCAGCAAUACCUUUCCCGCCUGUUGCCCCUUCUCUGACGUCGGAUGAGACGUAUAUCUUGCCUAUCGCUCGGUACAAAGCUUCAUACAAUUGGACACUGGGCAUUACCCAAUACCCAACCUUCCAGGCGGGGGGAGAUGAGCCGUUACUGUUUAAUCUCAACGCGCAGGGCUCCUCCAGCCCGUGGGAAAUCCGCACCCAGAAUGGAUCAUGGGUUGAUCUGGUUAUUGUCACCGAAGGCGUCGCAUCGCCACACCCGAUUCACAAACAUUCUAAUAAAUACUUUGUUAUUGGUAAGGGAACCGGGCUAUGGAAUUAUUCGUCCGUUGCAGACGCAAUUUCCGCCCAGCCAUCAAGUUUCAACCUCGUCAAUCCGCCGAUGCGAGACACGUACUCCACUCCGGCGGCGGCUGGGAACGGAUCGUGGCUUGUUCUGCGCUAUCAAGUUGUUAAUCCGGGGGCAUUUCUCCUGCACUGCCAUAUUCAGUCUCAUCUUGAUGGCGGAAUGGCGAUCGAUUUACUGGAUGGGAUAAAUAAGUGGCCCGCCGUGCCAGCCAGCUAUUUGCAUUCCAAUGGGUUUUGA